UAUCCGGCUUAUUGCGUUUUGUGGCGAGCUGCGUAUCCGAAAGAACGUUCUUUCCAUGUCUGAUGAGAUUACACAUCCAAUGGAUUGAAAACAAAAUGGGGGUUGCGCUGUAGCAUGGAAGGAAGAGAAAUACAAGAAAGGUUACUUCAUGACGUCCCCGACCUUUCUGUUUGAGAACAACAGCCGCGUAUUUCUGAUAGACGACCAACUGAAGCGAGGCCCUUCAUUAGAUAGGCAGACAUAGCGGAAGCAAGAUGUCCGCCCGAGGAGGGAAGAAGAAGACCACCAAACUGUCCCGCUCUGCCAGAGCAGGGGUCAUCUUUCCUGUUGGGAGGAUGAUGAGGUAUCUACGCACAGGCACCCACAAAUACCGCAUCGGAAUGGGCGCCCCCGUCUACAUGGCAGCUGUCAUAGAGUACCUGGCAGCUGAGAUUUUAGAGUUGGCCGGGAAUGCAGCGCGGGACAACAAAAAAGGCAGAAUAACCCCCAGGCACAUUAAACUGGCAGUAGCUAACGACGAGGAGCUCAACCAGCUUCUCAGAGGGGUGACCAUAUCAAACGGAGGGGUCCUGCCUCGUAUCCAUCCUGAGCUGCUGUCCAAGAAGAGGGGCAGCCGGGUCAAAGUGGAUACUCAGGUGACCGUGCCAGAGAAGAGGGCGGAGCGCGUCAAGAGCAUCAAGAAACCCGCCACCAAAAAAGGCAAAGGAAAACCAGGCCGCAAGCCAAGGAAGAGCACAGAAAAUGACAAAGAAACUGCUGUAGCCAACUCAACGGUGGAAGAUGGACCAGGCGAUGGAUUCACCAUCCUCUCAGCAAAAAGCCUGUUCCUUGGACAAAAGCUUUCACUAACAGAGAGUGAAAUUAGCAAGAUAGGAACCAUCAAGGUAGAAGGAAUUAUCAACCCCACAAAUGCAGAGAUGGACCUGAAAGAAGGAGUGGGUAAUGCCCUGGAGAAGGCAGGGGGGCGGGACUUCUUGGAGGCGGUAAAAGAACUGAGGAAAGCACAGGGACCUCUGGAGGUAGCAUCAGUUGCGGUGAGCCAGGCCAGCGGGAUGCCUGCUCGUUUCGUCAUCCACUGUAACAUCCCGCAGUGGGGCUCAGAAAAAUGCGAGGACCAGUUGGAGAAGACGGUCAAGGCCUGUCUCUCUGCGGCCGAGGAGAAGAAACUAAAGUCUGUGGCCUUCCCCUCACUUCCUGCUGGCCGGAAUGGAUUCCCAAAACAAACAGCUGCCCAGUUGAUCCUCAAGGCCAUCUCCAACCAUUUUGUCUCUGCGACGACCUCCUCACUGAAAAACAUUUACUUUGUACUGUUUGACAGCGAGAGCAUCGGAAUAUACCUCCAGGAAAUGGCUAAGCUGGAUGCAAAGUGAAGAUCUGAAGAGAGGUUCAAUUUGGGGUGUUUUUUUUUAACGGUUGCAGUUGUAUUUCAGAUGGAUCUUUGGUUUUUGCAGCUGGUAAAGUGUGAUGGAAGGUGGUGUAAGUAAGUGUUUUUGAUGACAUUGGAUUGCCCUCAGAAGGUGUAAAAAAAUGUUUUGAGUGAAGUACUGUAUGCAUUUAUGUUACACUGUCUUCCUUUUAGGGAAAUGCAUUCUUUUUAGACUAGAUUCCAUUAUUAACCCCCAUGGCUUGUCAUUCUUAUCCCUUAAUGGUAUUGUUUUUACAUUCCAUGUACAAAUAAAAUGUUGAUGGUUUUUUCUGACAGAAUCCCUCUGUAGUUUCGGAUACAGUCAGUUUACAAAGAAAAGUGUUUCUCAUUCUGCUUUGAAAUAAAAAUCGAGAUGUUUUACAUAACAGA